AUGGCUCUCUCGAGAUUUAGAUUGCGGUUUCCGCGCCCAAAGCAGACAUUUCUGGGCUGCGCCAGCCUCCAGACGGGCACCGAGCUCAUCUCGCUGAUUCUUCUCUUCAACCGACUGACCGGUCUUUACGGCAUCCUUGCGAUUCUUACUGGCUACGAACUGUCGAUCACACAACUCACAAUGUAUCUCUACUCCGUCGGCGUCCUCUUUUGCCUGGCCAUGUUCAUGCCUCACAUCCGCAAGCAAAGUCCGUUUGAGGCGCUCGGACUUGCAUGGCUUUACCUCAUCGAUACACUUCUCAACAUCGGGUACACCACCUUCUUCGCCGUUAGUUGGUAUCUCAACAGCUCCGCUCUGGAGAAGCAUCCCGGGAGCGCUGGUGUGCCAUCUGGCGCCGAGAUCGCAGAGGAAGCGCUCACGAACGGCGCGCCUGUGGUUCCUGACGUCCCCAAGACUACUAAGCAUAUCGGCCCACAGGAGUCGUGGAUGAGCUUGGGCCUGAUCAUUUCUGUGACGCUGGUACGCGUCUAUUUUGCCAUCAUCGUCAUGUCUUUUGCGCAGCAGGUGCUGCAACGUUACACAGAGAUGGGCUGGGAGGAGGAGGGCCGCAAGAAGGGCUCAGACGGUCCUUUCUCUGUGGGCGAGGCAGCCGGCGAGGGCUAUCGUGGCCGUCUUGGGCGCGUGAUGUAUGCUCUCGGCCGUGGUUACUGGCUUGACGAGAAGGCGCAGGAGGAGUGGGCGAGCGCGAUGAGCGCAAAGUUCCGGCAUGCCGGUGUUUAA